CGCACCCCUCUCUGGCCGCCCCAUCCCCCAGGACACCACAGCAUCGCGGUUAGGCCCAUUCAUAACUGUGCCAUGGCCUCUAAGUGUUCAAGUGAAAGGAAGAGUCGCACAUCUCUCACUUUAAAUCAAAAGCUAGAGAUGAUUAAACUUAGUGAGGAAGGCAUGUCGAAAGCUGAGAUAGGCCGGAGGCUGGGGCUCUUGCGCCAAACCGUUAGCCAAGUUGUGAACGCAAAGGAAAAGUUCUUGAAGGAAGUUAAGAGUGCUACUCCGGUGAACACACGCAUGAUAAGGAAGCAAAACAGCCUUAUUGCUGAUAUGGAGAAGGUUUUAGUGGUCUGGAUAGAAGAUCAAACCAGCCACAACAUUCCAUUAAGCCAGAGCCUAAUCCGGAGCAAGGCCCUGAUGCUCUUCAACUCUAUGAAGGCUGAGAGAGGCGUGGAAGCUGCAGGAGAAAAGUUUGAAGCCAGCAGAGGUUGGUUCAUGAGGUUUAAGGAAAGAAGCCGCCUCCAUAAUGUAAAUGUGCAAGGGGAGGCAGCCAGUGCUGAUGCAGAAGCAGCAGCAAGUUAUCCAGAUCUAGCUAAGAUCAUCAAGGACGGUGGCUACACUACACAACAGAUUUUCAAUGUAGAUGAAACAGCCUUAUAUUGGAAGAAGAUGCCAUCUAGGACUUUCAUAGCUAGAGAGGAGAAGUCAAUGCUUGGCUUCAAAGCUUCGAAGGACAGGCUGACUCUCUUGUUAGGGGCUAACGCAGCUGGUGACUUGAAGUUGAAGCCAAUGCUCAUUUACCAUUCCGAGAAUCCUAGAGCCCUUAAGAAUUAUGCUAAGUCUACUCUGCCUGUGCUCUAUAAAUGGAACCACAAAGCCUGGAUGACAGCACACCUGUUUACAACCUGGUUUACCGAAUAUUUUAAGCCCACUGUUGAGACCUACUGCUCAGAAAAAAAGAUUCCUUUCAAAGUAUUACUGCUUAUUGACAGUGCACCUGGUCACCCAAGAGCUCUCAUGGAGAUGUACAAUGAGAUUAACGUUGUUUUCAUGCCUUCUAACACAGUGUCCAUUCUGCAGCCCAUGGAUCAAGGAGUAAUUUCAACUUUCAAGUCAUAUUAUUUAAGAAAUACAUUUCGUAAGGCUAUAGCUGCCGUAGAUAGUGAUUCCUCAGAUGGAUCUGGGCAAAGUAAAUUGAAAAGUUUCUGGAAAGGAUUCACCAUUCUAGAUGCUAUUAAGAACAUUCGUGAUUCAUGGGCAGAGGUCCAAAUGUCAACAUUAACAGGAGUUUGGAAGAAGUUGAUUCCAACCCUCACAGAUGACUUUGAGGGGUUCAGGGCUUCACUGGAGGAAGUAACUGCAGAUGUGGUGGAAAUAGCAAGAGAACUAGAGUUAGAAGUGGAGCCUGAAGAUGUGACUGAGUUGCUGCAGUCACAUGAUAAAACUUUAACAGAUGAGGAGCUGCUUCUUAUGGACGAGCAGAGAAAGUGGUUUCUUGAGACGGAAUCUACUGGUGAAGAUGCUGGGAAGAUGGUUGAGAUGACAACAAAGGACUUAGAAUAUUACAUAAACUUAGUUGAUAAAGCAGCAGCAGGGUUUGAGAGGAUCGACUCCAAUUUUGAAAGAAGUUCUACUGUGGGUAAAAUGCUGUCACACAGCGUCGCCUGCUACAGAGAAAUCGUUCAUGAAAGGAAGAGUCAAUUGAUGUGGCAGACUUCAGUGCUGUCUUAUUUUAAUAAAUUGCCGCAGCCACCCCAGCCUUCAGCAGCUGCCACCCUGAUCAGUCAGCAGCCAGCGACGUCCAGGCAAGACCCUCCACCAGCAAAAAGAUUACGACUCACUGAAGUCUCCGAUGAUGUGCCUGGGUCACAGCUCCGAAAACCCUUGGAACUUCCUGAGUGAAAAGAACAAUGGGGUAAGAUUUGGGCUGUGGUCCUUAGUUCCUGAAAACACUUUCAGGAGGGCCCUACCCAAGGGUAGGGGCUGGUUACCUGCAGAACCAGCCGUAGGAUUAGAGGGUUGGAACCUUCACCCCUCUGGGGAGAACAGAGGGGCUGGAGAUUGAGCCAAUGGCCGAUGAGUUAAUCAAUUGUGUCUGAGUAAGGAAGUGUCCAUAAAACCCCCAAAGGACAGGAUCUGGAGAGCUUCCAAGUCUGUGAACACCUGGAGACCUGAGAGAGUGGUGCACCUGGAAGGAGAAGGGGGGCUACAUGCCCCUCCCAUACACCUUGCCCUGUGUAUCUCUUCCAUCUGGAUGUUCAUCUGUAUGCUUUUUCCAUACCCUUCUGUGAUAAACUGGUAAUCCAGUAAGAAAACCGGUUUUCCUGAGUGCUGUGAGCUGUUCUAGCAAGUGAAUCCAACCUUAGGAGGGAGUUGUGGGGGAACCUCUUGUAACCGGGAAGAGCUAAAUUGGACUCCAUGUUUGAUCUGUUUCUUUGACGUUAACGUGUGCUUUGUCCUGCUUUUGUUAUAAUCAUACAUGCUGGCCUGCCUCAGGGAAGCCUGCACCUCUGCCUGAAUGUUAAAAUGCCUCUGUGCAGCUCACAGACAGACACUCUGCCCUGCCCACCUGUGUGAAUGCCUGAAAUCAACACAUCCCCUCACCGAGGCUGGUCAUUCCUCCAGGUGUUCUGCAAGACUGAUGGCCCUUUCACUCUACGUCCUCACAGC